AUGGGAGAAGAUUUGCUCACAAGCUUAACAAUUGAAAAUUAUCAUCCAUCAACAUUCUUAUCCAUGGAUUCGAUUGCCACCUCUCAUGAAGAGUCAGACCGAGACAUGAAUAGGCAGGUCAUCUUGUCUGGGCCACCCGAUAUUAACCUCCCGUUAUCAGCCGAGCGUAGUCCUCCACCGCCACAAUCGUGGAACCAUGACCCUUUUGAUAUGCUAGAGGUUGGCCUUGGAUAUCAAAUUAAUGAAUCCGAUACACUUCUUAAUAUGCCUAAGGGUGGGCGGAAAUGUGCCAAGAGAUUGGACAGUGUGUGGGGUGCUUGGUUCUUCUUUAGUUUCUACUUCAAGCCUGUUUUGAAGGACAAAUUGAAGUGCAAUAUAGUUCAGGAUAGUAAUGGCAUGUCUGGAUUUGAUAAGUCGGAUCUCCAGCUCGAUGUUUUCUUGGUUCAGCAUGAUAUGGAAAAUAUUUAUAUGUGGAUUUUUAAGGAGAGGCCUGAGAAUGCAUUAGGGAAGAUGCAGUUGAGGAGUUAUAUGAAUGGGCACUCGCGCCAGGGCGAGCGCCCAUUUCCAUUUAGUGUUGAUAAGGGUUUUGUGCGGUCUCAUAGAAUGCAAAGGAAACACUACAGGGGCCUUUCUAAUCCUCAGUGUGUGCAUGGAAUUGAACUUGUUUCAUCACCCAAUCUUAUGGUUGUUGACGAAGAAGAGCAGAAAAAAUGGAUGGAACUUACAGGUAGGGAUCUCAAUUUCUCUGUUCCACCUGAAGCAAGGGAGUUCUCUUCAUGGCGGAACCUUCCAAACACAGAUUUUGAGCUUGAGAGACCUCUUCCACCUUUGAAGAGUACUCCACAUCCCCCUUCAAAAAAAUUGCUUAAUGGAGCUGGCUUGAAUUUGUCAACUCAGCCAACUAACCAUGUAAAUGGCAAUGGAAUAGAUCUCUCAUCUGCUUGUAACAAGAAGAGGAAAGAACUCUGCUUAAAUGGAAAUGGGGAAGAUUGUUGCUUGCCUAGUAUCUUAGAUUCCGAUCGACUUCAAGAUCCGGAGAUCCAUCCAACUGAACCACCCUGGAUGAAGGAGUUUAGUGGGGUAAUGAGGAAUGUAUAUGGGCCGGUUAUGGCUGCAAAAACAAUAUAUGAGGAUGAAGAAGGAUACUUGAUCAUUGUCACCUUGCCCCUUUCUGAUCCUGAAAGAGUAAAAGUUCAUUGGUGGAACUGUCUCACUCAUGGUGUAGUGAAGAUAUCAUCUAUAAGCACAGCAUGCAGGCCCUUUAUCCACAGAAAUGAUCGAACGUAUAAGCUUACUGAUCCAUCACCUGAGCACUGUCCUCCGGGGGAGUUCAAAAGGGAAAUUCCUCUUCCCACCCGAAUUCCAGAUGAUGCCAAGCUAGAAGCAUACUUUGACAAAAGUGGAACAGUUCUUGAGAUUAAAGUGCCAAAACAUCGUGUGGGGCCAGAGGAGCAUGAGGUUCCUGUCUGUCUUCGCCCUCCCAAUGAGUUUGUGUUGUCUUGA